UGAUAAUAUUACGUCCUUCUUCUAGUUUAUAUCAUUUGUUUAUAUGUAAUGGUUAUUGAAUAUAAAUGUUUACUUAGUCCAAUCUGCAUUCAUCGCUGUCUUAUACGAAUUUAUGAAGAAAAUUUUAACGUUGUAUUUUUUAUGCAUACGAGUGGACCUUCGCCCAAACUAAACUAAUUUGCCACGAAAGUGAAAUGUUGUAGAUUAAUAUUACAGUCAUUUGUAAAAUCGUUGUGCGUAUAUGUGUAUGGAAAUGAAUUUACAAACGUUAUUUCAGGACUUUAAUCCAAGUAAGUUCGUUGUGCAUACCUGUUUAUUCGUAUUUACGGCGUUGUUGGCUCUCAAAUUAGACAAAACCAUAUCAUGGUCAUAUUUUGCCGUCUUCACUCCAAUAUGGAUAUGGAAAUUCCUGGUGGUACUUGGUGCUACUGUGGGUACCUAUGUAUGGUGGAAAUAUCCUCAUUUCAGAUUGGAGGGUGAAGCCUAUAUUCAUUACAAAGCAAUGUUAAUAAGUCUUGCCAUUCAUUUAAUACUAUUAAUGUUUGAGUUGCUGGUGUGUGACCAGUUGACUACAUAUGGUCAUGUAUGGAUACUUAUUUUCAUACCACUCAUUUUUAUAAGCAUAGUUUCUAUUGCAAUAUGUAUAUGGUGUGUUAAACAUGAUCGCAGCUAUGAGCUGGAGUUAUUUUGUGCUGUUAAUAUACUGCAGUUUAUAUUCCUGGCCUUAAAACUUGAUGGGAUUAUACUUUGGUCAUGGGAAGUUGUGUUCGUGCCCCUUUGGAUACUGAUGUGUCUGAGCUUAGUAGGUGUAUUGUAUAGUAUAAUAUUCGCAGGGAUCUUGCUGAGAACUCCAGAAGUAAAUAUACAACAACGUCGGACCAGCCUCAACUCUGCACUGGCCUACACCUUCACCGUUGUGCCCGUUUUGGCGUUUCAGGUUCUUAUCACCAACAAGUUGGACGGCGAUAAAUCUUUACCAUACAUAGUGGUAGUGAGUCCCCUCUUCGUCACCUUCGCCACUCUUAUUAUUAUGUCAUUUAGCUCCAAAGGAGGUAAUAGAUGGUGGUUCGGUAUCAGGAAAGACUUCUGCCAGUUCCUCCUAUCAGUAUUUCCAUUGCUGCAAGAGUAUGCCAACAUUGCAUACAACAACAACGGCAACCGAGGAUCCUCAGGCAUCCCAACGGAACCGCCUGUCAACCAGGAACCAUACAGGGACGAAGCUCAGAGAAAAGUCAAGGAUGGUAAGAAGUCGUUGAAAAACCAAAAGAAAAAUGAAGCGAUGAAGCCUGUUAUGCCGCUCACAUGUAUCGACAUGCCUGAUUGAUGCGACGCGCGCAGCGACCGAUGUUGAACGAGCUCUUUGAAGAAGCAAUAAGGUGAUUAUUGUUUAGUUAUCAUUGUUAUGUUUUAAUCCUAUUUAAGUGAAUAGCUCUUACGCUUUAUGGUACAAAGUAGGCUUAUGAUCAGUUCAAGGUCACACUAUUGUUGUCUUGAGUAAUUUAAAUAUGUGAAGAGCGCACUGUAUGCAUAUCUUGAGCAAUACAAAUAGGGUGGAACGAAUGGUGGUUAAAUAUUACAUUCAAAAUAUGUUUCAGUAUAUCCGUUCAGCAUUCUUAUUGGAUGAGGUACUCACAUAUAUGUAUAUAGAUAAAAUUGUUUAAGAUUUUUUUUUAAUUAGUAUUUAAAAUUAACUUUUUAUGAGUUAUUACAGUGCUUUUAGAGUAAUAAAAUGAAAUCCAUUAUUUUUAAGCUUGCUCGAGAAAAUCCUUUGAUAAAGUUUUAAUUUAAUUUUGAAUUUUGAAAAUAAAAAAUGUAAAAAUCUAAGAGAAAUUUUAAUAGUUGUAGCAUUUUAAAGUAUAAAACAAUAGAAUAAGAAUAAAAUCAUGUAUAUUUAUAUAAUCUACAAAUAUAAUAAAUAUUAUUUACCCAAAACAUCCCAUUUAUUGUAAUCGCGAAAAUGAAAAAAUUGUGUUUUUAAAUUUUCUUAUUGGGUGUGUUGGUUUGAGCUGAUGGCCUCAAGUAACAAAUGCUCUAUAUAAAUAAUAUGAUUAUAAAAUUUAAUUGUUUUAUAACAUAGGCAUGAGUACAUAAAUUGAAUUAUAAAAAAAUACUGAAAACAUAAAAUAUAUCCACAAGGUCCAACUACCGACCUACAGAGGGUUCACUAUUCAGCUGUAAGUGAUACAGUGAGACAAGUAGAGACGAAGUGAUUGUGCACCCAGUACUUUAUUUUAAUAUUAAUAGAUCAAAUGUGCAGUUGCUAUAUCUUCAUAGUGUCACUCUUUGAUAUGUGCAUUAAUUCAUCAUGUUUGGCUUCCUGUUUGGGUAACCAAUUAUAGGGUGGUUUUAAUAAAUCAAUUCUUACAUGCCCUUAACAGUGAACAGUGGUUCUAAAACAAUAAAGAUUAUUAGGGCCCCAUGCUCUUUCGUUGAUAGUUGACAUUAAAACUACAUAGAAGAGUUGUAUGUGGGUUUAAAUACAGACACGAGUUGUUGUCCGGUUCACUAACUUGUUCGGAUAUCAUUUUUAAUUAGAUGGAAUAUAAUUAUAACACUAAACAUUAACUUAUAUCAAAUAAGUCGAGAGUGAGAUUAACUAAAAAGUCCAGACUUUUAUCAAAAUCAGGCUCCUUUUCAUGACUUUUCAAGUUAUUCAAUGGUAACCCUAGUCUUUAUAUUAUAUCCAGUCAUAUUACUGAACUCAAAUAGUGGUCUACUAUAAUAAUAUUAAACACCUGUGGACUAUGGUGCUGGAAAUUUUGCUGGAAGCUUUAACAUAAGUGUUACACUUGUCCGUAGUGCACCAAUGAUCUAUUGCCCCUAGAAGACCAACGGUAUUAUUACAAAAAAAUAAUUUAAACAUGGCUUAAACACGUGUUUUGCUAGACAGUGAGCCAAAUAUAAAACCUUGUCAGUGACCUACCAAUAACGAUCUCUAAAAUGAAGUUUAAUUUUUUCUAUUACAAAACAGUGUUUAGCUUGCGUUUAACUAAAACGUCUAUAGUAACAACAUAAACUGAAGUGAACAGGAAAAAUUAAAGAAAAUUUAUGUCAGCUGUCAUCUGUCUGUCAUCAUAUAGACAAUCUUCGACUCGUGUUUAAAUAUAAGCAAUGUCUAAAGAUUGUGGAAUGCAAUGCUGAACAACAGAAAGACACAGAUUUGUAAUAGAACUUUUUUAAAACAAGUGUUCAACACAUGUUUAACUUUUUUGUAAUAACACAUUAAGUGUUUGAUUUUAUGGUAAUGUUUAUUUUUAUCUGGCAAAUAUGAUGUCAUGUAUUAUUGGGGGUAUACGGCGGGUAGUGCGAAUUUUCUAGAUUGAGGCUAAAAUUUAAUAAGUAAAGCAAAUAUGAAUCGAAAAUUUAUUUUAUUAUGUUAAAAUCGCAAUAAUUCUUGUUACCAGUGGUGAAUGUGAAAUCAUGUACCUAAUUGUUUUUUACUCAUUCGUGUAAAAAUGAAAUGAAAUUAGAAUAUAAGUAGAUGAUAAAUUGUGUUAAUAUUAUCGUAGCGAAAUUUAAGCUUUAAAUAUGAUUACUUCCACUCGGUCAUACGCGUAGACCCCGGCAAGGAUCUUGAGCGGUUAAUGAAAUUAAUGCGCACCUAAUUAAUGUCAUAAUGACGUCGAGACUUUACAAAUUAAUAAAAAUCAUAAUUGACAUUCCUGUAAUCUAAAUCUUAGAAUACUUGUUUUUUUUUAUUGAGGUAGGUGGUACUUACCUCGUUUCAUUAAGGUACACUAAGAUAAUUUAUACGUCUAGAUAGAGUCUUGCUGUUAGACAACCGAUAAAAACAGGCCAGGAAUAUUUUUUUAUGACAAUAAGGGACGAGACGAGCAGGUCAUUCAGCUGAAGGUAAUUGAUACGCCCUGCCCAUUACAAUGCAGUGCUGCUCGGGAUUCUUGAAAACCCCAAAAACUACAAUUGCGCUCGCCACCC